GGGAUAUUUGAUAUUGUUUUGGCGACAUGAUUCAUAAAGCUAGAUAGUCCAAUAUUUAGCUUCUCACUAGUGAAUAUGAGUACCUAUAUUUUUUAAUGAGCGGAAGCAAUUUGUGUUAAAAUAAAUGCAAAAUCCAGGCCUGAGUUAUUGGUCUAUGUUAUUGAUGAGAUUAGGAAGUUAAAAUGACAGUAGUAGAACCACACCCAAAACUCCUCACCAACAUUUUAUUAUGGCCAAACCAAUCGAUUACAUCAGAAGCAUCCAAGAAAGGAACGAUUUCGUGGACAGUACCUACGAAAACACUACCAAAGUACCAUUGAUGAACCGCAGCAGCAACCCAAACUCACCAUUGCUCUCUAAAAGACAAGCGAACAUCUUGUCCAGGUUCCAAAUCGGAUCCAGCACUCCCGACUUGCCGCAUUACGGACAAAUUAGUGAAGAUGGAUUGAUCGGACAAAGCCCGUUUCUUUUCGAGCAGAACUUGCCGAAAGUUGGUACAGAGGCCAGUUUGGCCAGUUCGUAUUAUAAUGGUAUACAGAGGACUGAUGGAUCUCGAAAAUCAUUCCGACCAAAUGCAAUACGAAAAAUGCGAAGACGUGCAGUGUUCAAGAACGGCGACUGCAACAUCCUCCAAUCCAGAAUCUCAAAGCGGCGUUUGCGUUACCUGCAAGAUAUAUUCACCACCUUAGUCGACUCACAAUGGAGAUGGACCCUUACCAUAUUCGCCAUCGGCUUUGUUGGUUCUUGGCUAUUAUUUGCCCUCAUUUGGUGGCUAAUAGCAUUCACUCACGGUGACCUAGAAGAGGAACAUAUGCCAAAUAACCAAGAAGACUCCCAAUGGACACCUUGCGUCCUAAAUAUUCACGGAUUCACUUCUUGUUUUUUGUUUUCUAUUGAAACCCAACAUACAAUUGGGUAUGGUGUACGGACUACCACCGAAGAAUGCCCUGAAGCUGUCUUCAUUAUGUGCUUACAGAGUAUCGCUGGGAUGAUUAUUCAAGCGUUUAUGGUAGGUAUAGUGUUCGCAAAAAUGACCCGACCAAAACUCAGAACGCAAACCCUUCAGUUUUCAAAAAACGCAGUCAUUUGCCAAAGGGAUGGGAAUUUGUGUCUAAUGUUCAGAGUGGGAGACAUGAGGAAAAGUCAUAUUAUUGGAGCUAGUAUACGAGCCCAACUUAUCAGGGCUAAGAAAACGAAAGAGGGAGAGAUUUUGAAUAAUUUUCAAACCGAGCUUCCAGUAAACGCCGACGGCUGUGACGGUAACUUAUUUUUCAUCUGGCCAAUGACUAUUGUACACAAAAUUGACGAAGAAUCUCCGUUUUAUCAGUUGUCUGCCAGUGACUUGUUGCAGGAACGAUUUGAGAUUGUGGUGAUAUUAGAAGGAACAAUCGAAAGUACGGGUCAAACAACACAAGCUAGAUCCAGUUAUCUGGCUAGCGAAGUCCUGUGGGGUCACAGAUUCGAGCCGGUGGUCGCUUACAAUAAGGACAGGCAAGGCUACGAAGUAAACUAUUCCAAAUUUGACAAUACUUUGGCCGUGGACACACCGCUUUGCUCUGGAGCUGAAUUGGCGGAGUUUUAUAGGAUACGAGAUAUACCAGAUUCGGAGAAACAGCUGGUUACUCAAGAUCAGUACAACAGUUUUGUGCUGAGGUCACCUCCACGAUCUACAGUUGGUCAGACUAAAAACGUUGACAUUGAAGAUGAUGUCAAUGAAACUAAGCCUUUUCCUACCGAUUAUUUGUAAUCAUAAGUCCAAGCUGAUUACUUUAUGAACACCAUAAUUAUAGACUAUUGUCUAUUGGAUACAGCAUAAUCUAAUAGUUUUGCUUUUUAAAUAUUGUAAAAAAAUGUUAAAAUUAGAAAAGUGAUUUUAUUAUAAAAUUUCUGAAGUUAUACCUAG